ACCAAAAUCACAACCCCUCUCUCUCUCUCUCUCUCUCUCUCUCUCGUUAUGUUACCAAGUUGUGGGAAACGGAGAGAACGAGCAGGAGACGAAGAAGACCACAAGGGAAUGAUUAUCAUGGAGAAGUCUGUAAUUCAUCCAUUAAUGGCCGCCAUUGACGGAAAGGGUUCGAGCUUGAAGACAGGAAGAGCAAAACUCGGAAGGAUCGAGAGUAUCCACAAGGAACGAGAGAGGAGAGGGAAAAUGGCGGAGAUGUUCUCCGUUCUUCAAUCCAUUGUUCCUAGUAUCUUUCCCAAGGCUACUAGGUCGAAUAUUGUUACGGAAACAAUUCAGUACAUUCAACGGCUCCAGGAAGAGAGAGACAGAUUAGAGACUCUGAAAAAGUCACAAGAAUCAACGGCGGUGAUGCCAACUCUCACUCAAUGCACCCACAGGAGGGACUCCGCCGUCAACGUCACGGUUUCUGGAAAAGGCGUCGUGUUCUUCGGGAUCCGGACAGCCGCUAAUCGCCGUCAUUCAGUGGUGGAGAUUCUCGGGGUGUUUGAGAGGCACGAGGUAGAGGUGUUGGCGGCGAGCGUUUCGGUUAACGGUCAGCAGCGCCUGUUGAAUUUAACAGUGACGGCUUUUGUUGGCGGUAACGGAGACGUCGUUGAAAAAAUCAAGAGGGAAUUACUAAAUUUGUAAUUGCUCGGUUUUUAUGAUUUUUGGUUAAUAUAGGUUUUUUCCCCUUUAGCAUUUCGGAUAGGGACAUUUUCGUACCUGGGUUUUUAAUUUUCUAGCAAAAAGGAUAGAUUAAUUCAUUUGAUAGAGGUGUUAAGCGCGGAUGCAAAGGCGACAGUUGGAUGUAACGGUGACGGCAUUGGUAUGGGGGUAACGGGGAUGGCAUUGAGAAGGUCAAUAGAGAAAUACUGAAUCUAAAGUAAUUUUGAAUUUGAUAAUUUUUUUUUUAUUAAAGAUUUUUUCAUGAUUUAUUGUUUUGGACAAAGGCUGUUUGGUAUUGGAAUACUCCAUUGUCUAGAAUUUAGAAGUGGAAAUAUUAUGUGUUUUUAGGACU